GGUACCUAGGUAAGGUAGAAUAAUCUGACCAAUCGACGCGUCGCAUUUUAUGGCUGUGGCUAGGCGUGGCAUGUGUGUGAUUUUGUCAGCUAAAUUCAGCCCCUUCGCCAGAUACGACAGCUUCGUGGAAAGAAGUCCUCCUUCUUAACGACUACGCUGCGCUCUCCGCUUGUGGCGGGUUCGCCAACCAUGCCGCUGCACCAACUACCCCCCGAGGUCCUCCUUCACGUCCUUCGCUUGCUAGGCUCCGUGUUCUUUCGUCAAGAUACUCGUCGGCUACUCGUAUCGAAGUGGUGGUAUCAGCUAGCCUGGCCAGUGCUCCUCCAUGACCUCGCCUUCUCUGCUGCAUCGCUUCGAAGGUUUAUCCUCACAUUCGAGAGAGAGGAUGUCAUGAGUUCCAUGCAAAAUCACCCGAUUACAACCAGCCUGUGUCUUGACGGCUUUCAGGGCUGGGAUGCGCUAUGGUCAGACAACUCAAAACCGGCUAGGACGAACUUCGAAGCCGUCGAUGCAUGGACAUCUGAGUUGAACGGCCACCUCACCUCACUUGUCGUCAUACUCCAACGAUGUGCGAAGCUGCGAUCUCUCACGCUCAAAGCGCGGCCCGAGCAUCAUGAUCCUCGGAUGGACCUCCAGCGGCGCGACUAUUUAAUGGCGCUCCCUUUAGCCGGCCUUGCAUCGAUCAGCCACCUGACCUGCCUCGAGGUUGAUACCGCAGGGACAGGUCUGGUAAAUCAAAGCAAUGCCCCCGGGAUUCAUAUUUGCCGCGAAAUCCGCUCUAUGCUACCGACUCUUCGGCGACUACGCUGCCGUAUGACUAGCAUCUGUCCUGACGUCCUAGACGCCCCAGAGAAACGACCUCUUCUUGAUCUCGAGGACGUUGUCGUCAAUUUGAGUCUCUCGGAAAUGUCCGACUCAGACACCUCAUAUCGGUACCCAAGUCGAUGCGGGCAUACUUACGGUGGCGGUUUUCCUCAGCUGAAGGCGGAUAUGGAAGCAAAGGCAAAAGACCUUGCGGGCAGGAUGCGGAAUCCGCGGAUUAUCAGAGUUGUGUCACACACGCUCCCUGGUCUGAAGAUGCAUUCCUUCGAUGCUCUAACAGGACGCCGGAUGCUAUUACCCUCCGCUACGCCAUGGGAUGCAGACGGUGAGGAGUUGGAAGAGACGGUUGUGGGUGAGGAAGACUUCGAUUCUGAUUCUUCAUCUGAAGAAGGAUUGCCGUGAUAGCGGACGCUGGAUCCACGUCGUUUAAAGUGCAGAGCGACUGCUCCGUAAACAGCAACAAGCUGCUCC